AGGUAUAUAGAUCAUAGCUGUCAAAAACAAUAAUAUUGUAAAUUGUUGUUUUGAAGCUAAAAAUUUCUAUUAAACAUAAUUUUAAUAUAUAUUUUGAAAUGUCUAAUAUGACACUUAUCUUUGAACGAAUAAGCAAAAUGAUUAAAGCAGAAAAUGAAAAUGACUUAAUAUUAGCUAUUUUCAAAGGAAGUAUAAAUUCUAUUGGAAAGGAAUGUAAUGAACAAGAAAUUUUACAAAAAUACAAAGUCCUAAAAUCAUUUAUUCAAAAUAUUAUUCAGGAAAUUGAUUUACUUGCUUUAGAAAUAAGUACAAAUGAAGAAGUUCUUAUUAGCGUAAAGAAUCAAAAAUUGCUAAGGACUUGUUUUCAUAUACUUAUCUCAUUUGGUAUUUCAACAUGUUUGAUCCCUGGAUUAGGAAUAAGUUUAGACAAGCGAUGUAUAUCUGCUCAUUCAAUACCACAUAUAAAAUUAUCUGAUGAACAAAAAUAUGAUAUUUUAGUAAUUUGCACAGAUUUUCUAGAAAGAAGUUACAAUGUGCCUGUUCUUAAAAAUAUUAUUAUUACAUUUCACUUAUCUGACUACUUGGCAGCAUUAAUUCAAUUAGCAUUUGCUCCUUUAAAAAAACCUGGAGUUUACCCUCAAUUUAUUAUGACACAAGAAAUGUAUGACAAAUUAAACUCUGACCGUCAAAAAUAUAUUCAAUUAUAUGACUAUUUGGUCAGUAAUUGCUUCCAACCAAUGCUGAUGAAAGAGUUAUUGGUUCUGCAAAGUGUAGCAGACCCUGCACCACCAUUGUUUGUCAAAAAAGUAAUUGCCAAAGAAAUGAGCCGACGCCUUACUGUUCCGGGAGGAUUAAUUAGUUUAAUAAGAUGUUUUAUAGAAAGUCAUGACAUGGACACAGGAAUUGAGUGGAAGAAGAUUGAUAUGAUUUGUAAAAUAGUUGCAACCAAACAUGGUAUUAUGAGCGAGAAUGAAUACCUGAAGAAUAUUGUGUCCCAAUUGAAGCAAACACUAUCAUUAAACAAUAUACACUAUUUAGCUACUGCAAUGUCCUGUCUGUUGACUUUAUACAAGAAAUACAAUAACUGUGAACUAAUCCUUAAUUUGGUUAAUGAAGUGUUUAACACAUUAAAUUAUGAUGAUCUUAUAUCAAAAUCAAACUUGCCUGGUACUAUUAUUCUAACACCUCAAGAAGUAGAACACAGCUUACAAUUUUUACAAGCUUGUACAAGUAUGAUAAAAGUUGAUAUUCCAUCUGCUCUACUUAAACAUAAUCUAUAUAUGCUAUUUCUUCUAAGAAUCAAAUGUACAAAAGAUGAAACAAAAAUGAAGAUAACUAACAUUAUUUUGAAAUGUUUAGAAUUAUUGAAUAUGCUUGAAAUUCAAAACACUAUCGAAAAAAUUUUAUUUGGUCCUAAAAAGAAUAAACCUUCUAAUAUAGUAAUUGAAGAAUAUGAAGCAGGUUUGGCUGUGAAAUGUUCUGCCAUGUCUGUAGACCACCCGAAGAAUGAAGCACUAUUGCACUUUAUAGAUAUUUUUUAUGCAACAACCAACAAUACAUUGGUAAAUAAGUUAUUUGAAUCAUGUUUAAAUAUAUUUAUCAAUUUUAAUAUUGAAAGACAAGUCAAAGCUAUAAAUGGAAAUUUUGUUAAUGCUCAUGAUGAGCCUCAAAUAUUGAAUGCAGAUGAAAAUUAUGCCGAAAUGUUACACAUCUUAGCUGAAAUAUCAGCAUCUGAAAAGAUUAUGGCAGCUUUAAAAGACAAUCCUUGUGUAGUUAUUAAUUUUGUAGAAACUCUAUUCUUGAAAAAUAUAACAACAUCAAAUGAUGAAUGUAAUACUAUUGCGUUAGUAUUACUAAAUAUGGUUUUGUCUAAUAUCAAUGACAUUAAAACCAAGGAGUUGAAGGAAAGGUUACAUAAAUUGCUUCCCAUGUUAAAAAAGUUAUCCAAAGAUGACUCAGAAUAUAUAAGUAUUCUUUGUAAUGAAUCAAUAUCACUAAUACUAGCUGAGUGUCCAAAGUCUAAAGGAAGUGAAUAUGAAAAGGCCCUUUCAAACAUAUAUGAUAAUCUCCUUCCAGUGAGAGCCCAUGGCAUAAUUGAGAUGACAAAACUAAUAGACAAGGCUGAUCCAGAAACUAUAUCUAAAAGGCAUUAUUUGUUUUGUCUGUUCCAGGAACAACUCAAGGAUACAGAUUCGUAUGUGUACUUGUCAGCUGUUAAUGGCAUUGCAUCGCUGGCUAUGCAUUGUACGAGCGAAGCUUUAACUGUUUUAUGCAAAGAGUUUCUAGAAAUUUCAGAUGAACAAAAUAAUAUUGUGACUGUGGAAAGACAAAAUCAUAUAGCCGAAUUUAGAAUGAAAAUUGGAGAUAUAUUAGUCAAAGUAACUAAAAAAUUAGGCGAAAUGGCUGUAGUCCACAAGGCUGUACUGUUAAAUACAAUGCUCUGUGCUUGUCGGGAUGAUGAUCCUAUGAUAAGAGCGUCAGCGUUGUCCAACUUGGCAGAGAUUGCAUUGGUAUUAAACUAUAAGAUGGGGACCAUUAUUUAUGAGGUUUUGCUCUGUAUCUGGAGUAUAAUAGAAACCGAUAAGGCAAUAGAAUGUCGAAGAGCCGGUGUAAUGGUUGUAUCGAGUUUACUAAAGGGCUUAGGCAAAGAAACCUUAAUCGAGUUGAAAGAAAACUUGCUACCCAUAUACAGGAUAUUAAACAAAUUAUAUAAAGACGCAAACGAAGAUGCAGUUGUCAGACUCCAUGCACAAAUAGCUCUCGAGGAACUGAAUGAUAUUGUCACACAAUACCUCCUUCCAGACCUGCCGUUACAAAAAGAGUUUUUAAUGUUGGACAAAAAUGAUGAUGUAUUUUUUAAAUAAAAAUCAAAAAUGUUA